CUAAAUUCAAUCACAUGGCAGAUUUACUGGUGGCGUCGCUUAUACACAGAAUUCUGAAAUUACGAGGGGUACCCGAGAAAUUACGCACAUACUCGACAAUGGUAUGGCUUUUCAACCCAUUCACCAUCACAAUCGGAACACGUGGCAAUCCUAAUAGUAUUUCUACUGGAGUUGCAGAACAUAAAAAAAAAUCAUGGGACCCGAUCAAUAGUAAAAUCAGUCGUUCGCAAUACAUUUGGAAUUUCUUCAUAAAAUUGUUGUCUCGGAGAAGAGCAGUAUUUGCUACCGUAGCGGGGUCCACUUUCCUCGUAUUUACAGGACUGUGUUUCUUUUUAUACGGAUGGGAAUUCUUGCACGAGGCUUUGCUGUACCACCUCACGCGCACGGACCCACGUCACAAUUUUUCAAUAUACUUCUACCACAUUUAUCUCCACUACGAACGCGAGUUUUCCAUCCUCGAAAAGCUCGUCUCCUUUUUGCCUCAGUUUACCGUCCAGCUAGUGCUGAUUUAUCGUUUCGCCCUCGACUUGCCGUUCUGUCUCUUUCUUCAGACACUUGCGUUUGUGGCCUUCAACAAGGUGAUAACGGCACAGUAUUUCGUGUGGUUCUUUUGUUUAUUGCCUCUAAUAUUACCGUGGAGCAAAAUGGAGCUCAAAUGGAAAGGUUUAGGUUGUAUUUCGUUGUGGAUCGGAGCUCAAACGCAUUGGUUGUUGUGGGGUUAUUUACUCGAGUUUCGAGGCAAGAACGUAUUCUUUCAACUAUGGAUGGCGAGUUUAUUUUUCUUGGCUGCUAAUGCUUUUGUUAUUAUUAAUGUUAUUCGGAGCCAUUUAUAUUGUCCUCUAUUCAAAAAGUCGCAAUCUAACUCAGGUGAUGGUUUGAAAGCCGAGUAGCGAUAUCUGUCGAACUCGUUUUUUUCAUCGCUUUGUUGAUAUUUAAUGGCGGGAAAUUUUUGAGGAUGUUUUGUGGAUGGUUUCCUUAAUUUUAUUUCUGAAUGUAUAUAUACAAAGUCUUAUUA